AAAAAAAAAAUCGAAUAAAAUGUCGAAAGAAGAAAAAAAAAAGAAAAAAAUCGUAAACCCUAUAAUUUUUGCUCAGAACCCUAAUUCCGCAAACGUAACCUGUGUUCAUUGCGCCGUCUUCUCACCGGAGAAUGAGUACUACUACUACUACGGCUGCACUUCCGCAGCGACACCAGUCGAAGGUUGACCCGCAGAACGUUAACAGAGCCGUGAAGUCUCUGCUAAAAUGGUGGGACUCCAAAUCCAAGACCGAGAACUCUGAAUCACUCGAGAACGACGGUUUCGUCUAUCUAAUCGUGACACUGAAGAGAAUCCCUCAGUUGGAUCGUACUAACCCCUUGAUGAUCCCUCUUCCUCAUCCUCUCAUCGAUCUGGUCGCCGAAGAUCCGCCGGAGCUCUGUUUGAUCAUCGACGACAAACACAAGAACAAAAUCACAAAGGAAGCGGCUUUGAAGAAGAUCGAAGCAGAGAAGAUUCCAAUCACCACAGUUAUUAAAGUCUCCAAAUUGAAAUCCGAUUUACGCAAAUUAGAGGAGGAGAAGCGAUUCGAGUUGUAUUUCGCGGAGAGGAGGCUAAUGCCGAUGUUGCCGAAGCUGUUGGGGAAAGAGUUUGUUAAGAAGAAUAAGACUCCGAUUGCGAUUAACUUAAGGCAUGGUAGUUGGAAAGAGCAGAUCGAAAAAGCUUGUGAAUCAGCUUUGUUCUUCGUUGGUACAGGUACUUGCAGUGUUGUUAAAGUAGCGAAGUUGUCAAUGGGAAGGAACGAGAUUGCAGAGAAUGUUGUAGCGGCCAUGAAUGGGAUUGGUGAUUUAGUUCCUGGUAGAUGGAAGAAUGUUAAAUUGUUUCAUCUCAAGUUACUUGAGAGCUUGGCAUUGCCUGUUUAUCAAUCAGUUGCUUGAUGAAUUUGUUUAAAGAAGCUGAUGGAUGAUCUGGUUCCAGUGAGUCACAAGUUUUGGUUUGUUUUCUUAGUGGAAUUUGUGAUGCUGUAAUGUUUAAGAUAAUGCCUAGACUGAACAAAACUGUCUAGAUUGAUUAGAGUGAAACAGAUGGUUUUAAUACAAAUUUCCAUGAGUGGGUCUUUUGAUUGAUUUUACUGGUAUCUUCUUUUGUUAUGCAGAUAUAUAGUCACAUGAAUUCUCUAAAAAAGAUGGUUUUUGGUGAUGUAUUGGAAAGAAUAUUAGUUUUCCUACUCUAUUGAAUUACUCUCCACAAAGGUAGAUUCCAUUGAUCUUUCUUUGUUUGACAAUUGUUCUUGUUCGAUAUCACAGUAACGGUUAUAUAUCUUUUCACUUUCCAAUCCCUUUGACUCAGAGU